AUUUUGGGCCUUUUGCGUAGGUGCAUAAUCGAUGGUAAUCUCCGCAGAGCUCUAGGAUUCUUCCUCUGAAGACAAUUCCUGCCUUCAUCUCUAGGAUGCCUAACCAAUUUCUGCAUCGAUGAGCAACCGUCAGGGUGAGCCACUCGGCUGGCUCGAAAGCUAUGCUACGAGUCACCACGAAUGGCAUGAGGCUGUCCACUUGGGCUCCACCAUUUUCUACCGCCGAAUUGGCAUCGUAGAAGGGCUUUUCAAUACGGAUGGAAUCGAUUGUGAAGGCAGAGCCGACAUGACCACCGACCUGCAGGUCGAGAUCAGGACUUCAUUGUCGCUGGAGAAAUUGCGACACAGGAUCGUCCAGGCAUGGGCGGUGAUGCGGCAUCGCCAUAUUCUUCUCUCGUCUCGGAUUUGUCAAGGCAAGGAGAUUUCACCGAGUGAACUUGCGGCCAAGAUCGAUUCAAAGGACUGGUUAUACGUUUACACACCAUCGACAAGUCUAGCGGCAAUGGUCGCAGACACCAGGCGUCACACAGUGUUCGUCCAAGAUCAGUACCCUCACGCACAGAAUGACGAGUUCUUUGUCCAUCUACUGAAUUGCUCCCGAUGUAUCGAUCCCUUUGACUCAUUGAGCAGGCUGUAUGUCAUGCCUCUGGUGCGAACUGCGGAAGGAAGGUACAGUGUCCAUUUCAUGUUCAUUGCGGGUCACGAGAUUAUGGAUGGCUUGACGUCAAUGCGCUGGAUGGCUUCUUUCAUCGACAUACUCAAUCGAUCAGUGGCUACCUUGGAGAUUGACGCAAAGAUACUCUGCUGCACUUCUCCUCGACCUCGACUGCCUCCUGCUCAAGAGUCUCUCUAUCCAUCCAUGGGAAGGAGUCAAGCCAGGCAGAGAUGGUCUUGGGCGAUUUCGAGGAUCCUUCGACAUGUCAAGCGGCCAGGACCAGCUGCAUUUCAAAACCCUCUAAGGAGAGCCAUACCGCUACCUAAAGGACAGAAAUUGCAAUCAAAAUUCUCCCUAGUCAUUGACUAUUCUAGGAUACCGCCCUUGAACACAUAUGCAGUGCGGCCAACCCUGAGUAUGGCAGCAUCUCGGAGACUCGCAAAGUUGUGCAGGGACGUCCGAAUCAGUAUUGGCAGUGGAUGCUUUGCACUUGUGGCAUUGGUCAUGAUGCAAUUCGAAGAACGUCGCAAUCCAGACGUUCCAGCUCAUGAAAGACUUCCCUUUGUGGGAUCCUUUCCCGUGAAUCCUCGCCCGUUUCUCGCAGGCACACCAACCACGGGUAAGGAAGACAAUCUGAUGUUGGCAUUUAGCGAGGGUAUUGCAUUGCCGUUUCUUUCAAGUGACCUGAGCCUCGAAGGGCGACUGCGACUAUUGGGUAAACAAGCCCAUAGACGCCUGAGACAAUAUCAGAAGCGUCCGCAGAAAGAAGGAGAUCAAAUUGAGCUUGGCUCCAAAAGUCCAUCCCAAUUGCUUCCCAUGAUGUAUCUCACAACAAUGGAACGACUUGAGAAUAAAAGUACAGACUCUCGGCGACGCGGGUGGAACAUCCAAGGUCAGUAUCCUGCGUCACCGCCACCAACGCUGGCAACAUGCGGUGUCAGCUCUGUUGGCCCACGUGGAUCAAUCAUAGCAUCAGGCAAAUACGACAUAGAAGAGCUGAGUGAUGGGAAGGACAUUGGAGUGGAUUUCCGGGGCUUGGACACCACCGUCAGAGCACGAGAUGGGGAAUUCCUCAUCGGAGCUGUUGGUGACAAUGGUCAGCUCAAGUUUGGAGUGAGCUAUGAUGGCUGUGCUAUUGAUCCAGCUCUCGCCAAUGAAUGGAAAAUGGUCAUGGAAACAAUCCUGGAGUCGGACCAGAUGCCUGUGGCACGGCUCUGA